AUGUGGGUCGGAACGCCAGGGCGCGAUGACGAGCUCUUCGCAAAGAUGCUGAUCGACGAAUGGCUGCGGGCGGAGCGGGAGAUUAGCCGAAUUAGAAUCAACGCCCAGCCGGACUACCCGAAUUGCCCUCCCUUGCUGCGGCCGUAUGCCGAUUUUGUGCUGCGUCAGAACCGCUUAAAAGGCUAUAUCCGGCGGGUGGACGGUCAGGUUUUGCAUAUCGAGAUCGGUGAUUUGAUGAUACACCUGUAUACCGAAAAUAUG